UGUUUGAGAUCCUGAGUAUCAGGAGCUUCUUACUGGUGGAAGGUUAUUAAAUUCCCAGCACAGACUGGAAACUCUGAUCACUCAGGGCAUCUCUCAGCACAAGAGCUCACAGCAAGCAGUGUAGGGUCUCUUUUGGGUCACCGGUUCAGCCCAGCCAGCUUGAUCUCAGUGUGUGGAGCGACAGCAUGACCAAAAGCACCGGGGAGAAACCGCGGUCGCGCAACCGCGUCCAGCAGAUCCGAGAAGGAAUCCAGCUGCGCUCCCUAAAGGCCCGGAAGAAAGUUGAAGACAUCAGUAAAGAUGACGUGAAGGGCUUUCUGAGGAGAAAUGCCUUUGUGCUCUUAACUAUUGGAGCGGUGGUGUUUGGAAUUACACUGGGAUUUGCUCUGAGGUCCUACAAGAUGUCAUACAGAGAAGUGAAGUAUUUCUCCUUUCCUGGUGAGCUGUUGAUGCGGAUGCUGCAGAUGCUCGUGCUUCCUCUUCUAGUCUCAAGUUUGAUAACAGGCAUGGCAGCUCUGGACAGCCGAGCCUCUGGCAAGAUGGGCAUGCGAGCGGUCAUUUACUACAUGACCACCACCUUCAUCGCAGUGUUCAUUGGCAUCAUCAUGGUCCUGAUCAUCCACCCAGGCAAAGGCUCAAAGGAUGAGUUCACCAAACAGCAGAAGAUUGAGCAGGUCAGCCCGGCAGAUGCCUUCCUGGACCUCAUCAGAAACAUGUUUCCUCCUAAUCUGGUUCAAGCCUGCACUCAACAGUUUAAGACUCAGUAUGGCAAGAGGAUCAUCCACGUGAAGAUGAUUGUAAACGAUUCGAUCUUCAAUCUGACGAACGCCACGCAGGAGAUCGCUCAGGAGGAGGUGAUUCCUCUGUCGGGCACCACCAACGGCGUCAACGCCCUCGGCCUGGUGGUGUUUUCAAUGUGUUUCGGCCUAAUAAUCGGGAACAUGAAGGAACAGGGACAGGCUCUCCGAGAUUUCUUCGACUCCCUCAAUGAGGCCAUCAUGCGACUUGUUGCUAUUAUUAUGUGGUACGCACCUAUUGGUAUCCUCUUCCUGAUUGCUGGUAAAAUCGUGGAGAUGGAUGACAUCACAGCGAUGGGCGGGCAGCUGGGCAUGUAUACGGUUACGGUGAUCAUCGGCCUCAUGAUACACGGCAUUAUCAUUCUGCCCACAUUAUAUUUCGUCAUCACACGCAAAAACCCCUUCAUCUUCAUCACGGGUUUGCUGCAGGCCCUCAUCACAGCUCUCGGCACCUCGUCCAGCUCUGCCACUCUUCCCAUUACCUUCAAAUGCCUGGAGGAGAAUAAUAAGGUGGACAAACGUGUGACUCGAUUUGUUCUUCCUGUUGGAGCCACGAUCAACAUGGAUGGAACCGCUCUGUAUGAAGCUCUGGCGGCUAUCUUUAUCGCCCAGGUGAACAACAUGGAAAUGAAUUUCGGGCAGAUCAUAACUAUUAGCAUCACGGCCACUGCUGCAAGUAUCGGAGCGGCUGGAAUUCCACAGGCUGGUCUGGUCACCAUGGUGAUUGUACUGACCUCAGUCGGACUCCCUACCGAUGACAUCACCCUCAUCAUUGCAGUUGAUUGGUUCUUGGAUCGACUGCGCACUACAACUAAUGUGCUGGGAGAUUCAAUAGGAGCUGGAAUCAUUGAGUUCCUGUCCAAAGAUGAGCUCCAGGGCGGGGAUGUGGAGCUGGGCAGCUCAGUGCUGGAGGAGAACGAGCUGAAGAAACCGUACCAGAAGAUCCCUCAGGACAACGAAUACGAGAACGAGAAACCGCCAGACAGCGAGACCAAGAUGUAGAGGCUGAUGUUCAACGCCCAACCAAGGAUAUGUUUGAUUUCUGUUUGUGUUUGUUUAUACAGUGGCCUCCAAAUAUAGUUGAGCACACUUAAUAAUAUAAGGAUUGAAUUGCAUUACACUCUUAAACAUAAAAGUUCCCGAAGAGGAGCUAGACACAAUGCCAAACUGUGAGUAUUUACUUAAAGAGUCAUGAAACACCAACACACAUUUUUUGAGAUGUUGACAGUCAUAUAUAUGUCCCAAUAGUCUGUCUUAAAUUGCGCUUGGGCUCAUAAUUACAGUUAAUGUGUCGGACCGGGUCAAGCUCGGACACAAUGUGCAUGGGCUCGGGUAGGGUCGAGUUUCAUUUUUGGGCCCGAUCUAAGCUCUAAUAGAAUGUUAGUCCUGUUUUUGAAUCUGCCACUAUGCUGACACAUAGGCAUCUGUAGCUCCGCCCUCUUUUGAAAAGAGCACGAUCUCAUUUGAAUUUAAAGCGACACCAAAAUGGCACAAUUAGGAUCAAGGCCUAAAAGGGGGAGUUUCAUAGGUAAUCACACUAAAUAAUAUAAGGAUUGAACUGCAUUACACUCUUAAAUAUAAAAGUUCACGAAGAGGAGCUAGAGACAAUGCCAAACUGUGAGUGUUUACUUAAAGAGUCAUGAAACACAGAAACACAUUUUUUAAAAUGUCGACAGUCAUAAUUAGUAUUAGUAGUUUGAGAUGUCGACAGUCAUAUAUAUGUCCCACGCUGCUAAAAAC